GUGGGGUGUCAGCAACGGGUAUCCCUUCGCCCAGCCCUUAUAGCUCCAUGGGGCUUUGGGGAGCAGCAUUUGCUUUUCUUUAGGGAUCCUUAGGUGUUGGGGCUGUUGUUUGAAUCGCUCCGCCCCUCCUGUUCUUGGCACUAUUCUUGGGGUCGGGUCGAGAAAAACUAUUAUGCAGCUUGCUUUUAUGCAGGCGGCUGUUGAGAUGAGAACUGGGUCUCCGCGAUGCCAUGUUUUUCUUUUCUUAACAGGCAACUUGCGACUCCGGAUUGUCUUUUCGGAGUGUUGUGAUUUCUGUUUGGAGCGAGCAAAUCUGAAAUGGCUGGCAAGAGCCAGGAGCAGAGCAUUCAAGAAGAAUUGACCUGUUCCAUAUGCUAUGACCUCUUCAGGAACCCUGUCAUGCUGGAAUGCAUGCACCAUUUUUGUAAAGAGUGCAUCCAGAAAUAUUGGAAUGGAUGCCCCAGAAUUGCCACCUGCCCCCUGUGUCUGCAAAAGUUUCCUUCCCGAUCCUUUCAUCCCAAUUUCAUUGUAUCUAAUAUAGUGGAGACAGUUCGAAGAUCUGCCUCUGAGGAGCACAGAAGAAAAACCGAAAUGGAGCUCCAAAAGGUCCUUCAGACCUACCAGAGGAAAUGUGAGAAACUGCUGGAGAUGAAGCAAAAGAAUGAGAAAAAUGCCAAAUAUUUGGUGAAAACAUCUGGGAAACUGAACUCGGAGAUCCAAGCAGCAUUUCAACAUCUUCAUCAGAUCCUACGAGAGGAGGAAGGAAGGAUGCUGAUGGAACUGGCUAGAGAAGAAGAAAAGUGUAUGCUCAGACUGGAAAAUGUUUCUUUACAAUUAAUAGAAGAGAUUUCUGAGUUGAAGAAGAGCAUGGAGCAGAUACAGCGCAGACUUGACAACUCUGAGAUCUCAUCAGGGCUGCAGGUGGAAACUGUGCCUGUCAGACCAGCAGUGCAACUAGGAACGUUGACUUCGUCUCUAAAAAAGUACACGGAGCUGUGUGAUGGGCCCUUGCAGUACAUAAUUUGGAGAAAGAUGCUGAAAUCCAUCAGCCCAGCUCCUGCUGUUCUGACCCUGGAUCCAGACUCGGCCCACCCCAACCUCCUCCUCUCCAAAGAUCUGACUUCAGUGACAGAGAGGGAGUCACCACAGGCAGUACCCAGGAGCCCCAGACGUUUCCUGCAGAGCGUGAACGUGUUGGCCAUGGAGUCCUUUGAAAGCGGGCAGCAUUACUGGGAAGUCUGGGUGGGCAACAAGACCAAGUGGGAAUUAGGAGUGGCUUCAGACAAUGUGGACCGGGCAGCAAGAGUCCGGCUGUGCCCAGAUAAUGGCUAUUGGACAAUAAGACUGUGGAACGACUCCAAGUAUUGGGCUGCGGCGACUCCCUGGAUACGUUUGAAGCCCCAGUGCUCGCUGAGGAAAGUGGGGGUAUUGUUGGACUGCAAGGCCAAAAAGCUGACUUUUUAUAACGCCGAGGAAAUGUCAUUCCUCUUUACUUUCCACCAGUUGCGGGCUAGCAAAUUCUAUCCUUUUUUCAGUACCGGCUUCAGUCAUGGCGAGAAGAAUGCAGAGCCCAUGAGGAUCUGCCACCCUCUCAGGCUCUGAAAUCUUCACGUUUUCACAGGACGUGGUGGUACUUUCGUUUCUUUCUGCCUUAGCGCUAUUACAAUACUGUUCCUUUGUCCUCAUAACUGCCACUGGUAAAUGUUCGUUGAGAUUUCAAACCAUUUAUAUUUGUGAUAUAGAUCCAGCCAACCAUAAUGAAAAAUGAAGGGUGGUUGACCAUUUUUAUUUAAAGUGGCCCCUUACUGUCUUUUCUAAGGUGGGUUUUCUUUAUUUUUAAUCUAACAAGAUCAUUGCUAUUCAUUUAAGAUUCAACCUGGCAAAUACUCAAGCAAAAAAUAUUGACUAUAAUUCUAAUAUAUCAGAAGAAAAUGAUAGGUAUAAAUUUCUACUUCCUAUUACCACUUUUUCCAAGUAUAAACAUGUUUUGUACACAUAUAUAGGUUUGUACUUUAACUGCCUGAAGAAAAAAAUUCCUUAUCAGUGAGACUCAGUCAUUUAAAAGUGCUGUUAGUUUUCAUUUGUAUUCUGAGUUAAGAACAACAACAACAAAAAAAAAAUAGGUCUCAAAAGGAAGCUUAAAUUUAAAGAGAGAGCAUGAACCUACAAGUUGUGCAACAGACAUAACACCAGCAGGCAUGAGAAUAUCACAUCUUGUCUUAGAUUCUGAGGAAAUUUUCAGUCAGUCAAAGAGAUUGAAAGAAACCUUUUCUGUGAUGCAGGACUAAGAUGCUGAAGAAUUAGAUCAUGAUGUAUCUUUAAAGGAACCAGCCAGAUUCACAAGCCCCAGGCUGAAGUACCUGCUUCAGUGCAGGUACUUCUGCUUAUAGUGCAGAGGAAGAUUUUCCCAAUUUUGUUGCAAAUAAAUAAAUGAGACGUGUUUAUUUUAUUUCAAAAUACAAUGGUAGAAAAGCCCCUUUAAAAAUCACUUUAAAGGAGCAUUUUGUAUGUGUGUGUGGACAUGAAAAAAAUGUCAAUUUAUGGGGGACUGAACCAGAAGCAGUAUGUCAGCUUGUACUUCUUCAACAUAUGAAUCAGAAUAGCAGCACAAAGUGAUUUUGGUAAUAACCAUGGCAAAUUGCAGGACAGGGUUGCUGCGUUAGGAAAUGGGAGAUGUAGCUCUGCACUGUUGAAAGGAAUUUUGAGGCUAGUGAUAAAACUUCACCCAUAGCUUAGUGUUUGCCAGGGAUGUAUAAGAAGCUAGUCCUGACAUCUAUUCAAUUAGUACAGAGUACUAUGUACAAUUACAUAUUUUCUUUAAAAUAAAGUCAAAUGAACAUUUCGCUAUUAUUAAACAAUUGUUCUGGAAUUUUUCACUUCAUACUAUAUAUUUCUAUCAUUUGGUGCAGUAGCUUUUUAUCUAGAUUGUCAUUAAAGAAUAUUCACGAGUA